AUGCGAAGAAGAAACGAGCGACGCAUGGCCGAACUACGCAAGAAAUCGGUCGGGAUAGUUUGGAUCCACAAUGAGAACAGCCAAGCGCAAAGCAGCAGAGCGAUUACCAACGAAGAGCGUCGAAAUGAUAAGGCCAUACAUUCAAAGACAAAAACUUGUUUGGAAAUAUGUAGUCCGCGGUCCUGUGACGACGACGUCUGGAACACAGGAAGGACUGUUCCCAACAUUUAUAAUUUUAAAAGAGUUGCUGAUAACAAUGUUGUCCUUCCACGCGAAGAAAGAUUAUCUUGGCUGAUUUUCUCUUACAACGCUUCUGGGAUUUUUAACUAA